AUGCGGACCUUACGUAGCGAUGUGAGGGCCAUUUCCCGGCGCUCCGUAACACGUUUCGCAUCGGCCGCAGCCACCCCCCCCGUCGCCCCCAACCAGCCUCCGUCCCAGCUGCUCACCCCCGAGGAGCAGGUGCUGGCCAAGCUGCGCAACGUCAUCGACCCGGACUUCGGUGAGGACAUCGUGGCGUGUGGGUUUGUACGGCAGCUGGAGGUGGACGCGUCGGUUGGGUUCGUGUCAUUCACCUUGGAGCUGACCACGCCCGCCUGCCCAGUCAAGGAGAUGUUCCAGAGGCAGAGCACGCAGUUCGUCAAGGAGCUUCCGUGGGUUCGUGACGUAUCCAUCAAGCUUACCGCCCAGCCUCCGAAACCCCUGCUGCCCGAGUCAGGGCGGCCAGGGGGCCUGGCCAAGAUGGGAGCUAAGCUGCACGCACAUGUGUUUGUGUCGCGUGUUGGCAUCUUUGAUGCUGACGUGUACGGGCCCUCCCUGCCGCUCAUGGUCAAUCCCGAGAUCAAGGUGCUGGAAAUGGAUCCAGCCACCAAGGCCAUCUUCCCCACCGAGUACGAGGGGGUCAAGGUGGUGUCAUUUGGAUUCGCAGGCCAGGGCUCAGCCAUCAUGAGGGGCCCUAUGGUUUCGGGGCUGAUCCAGCAGAUGCUCACCACCGCUGCAUGGGGUGAGCUUGACUACCUGGUGGUUGACUUCCCCCCCGGCACGGGAGACAUUCAGUUGACGUUAUGCCAAACCGUGUCCUUCAGCGCCGCCGUCAUCGUCACCACCCCACAGAAACUAGCCUUUAUUGACGUGGCAAAGGGUAUUCGGAUGUUCGCCAAAUUGGUGGUGCCGUGCGUGGCAGUGGUGGAGAACAUGUCGUACUUUGAGGCGGACGGCAAGCGCUUCUUCCCCUUCGGCCAGGGCUCAGGCGAGCGCAUCCAGCGAGACUUCGGACUGCCUAACUUGGUGCGAUUCCCGAUUGUACCCGACCUGUCUGCGGCAGGAGACGGUGGCCAGCCUCUGGUGGUGGCGGACCCCACAAGCGCUACCGCAGCAGCGUUCAUGGACCUGGGGGCGGCGGUAGUUCGCGAGGUGGCCAAGAUGGCUGGUAGGCCCGCACGUCAGGCGGUGUAUUACGACCCGCAGAAGGACGUCAUCUCAGUACAGCUCCCCGGCGAAACGGAGUUCCUGUUGCCUCCGGUGGUUGUACGGGAGAACGACACGUCCGCCACGUCGAUUGACGAGUGGACGGGGCAGCGCAAGCGUGAUGAGGUCCCUCAAGAUGCUCGUCCAGCCGCCAUUAAUCCGCUGGGCAACUACGCGGUACAGAUUAGCUGGUCGGAUGGGUUCAAUCAAGUGGCGUCGUACGAGCUGUUAGACGAGCUGCGACGGUACGCGGUGCCAUGCCAAGGCCCGGUCGCUAUAACGCUGCCCGGUGGGCUCACGGCUGAGGCGCAACUCUAG